CUGCUCCACAUCCUCCACUCUCCACACUCCGAGCUACCACCCUCUCGCCUCGCUUGCCCUAUCUCACUUAUCUCGCACGCUCGGCACCGCUGCUCCUGCACCACCCGACGCUUCUCACCAGGCGCCGCCGCGCCCGCGCCGCCAUGGCGUACAAGCGCGCCUCGACGCUCAUGACGGGCCUGCCGGACCAGGACCGCGGCUGGGAGGAGGUGCAGGCCAAGACGUUCUGCAAGUGGCUCAACACCAAGCUCGAGACGCGCGACCUGCCGCCCAUGUCGUCGCUCGCACGCGACCUCUCCGACGGCGUGCGCCUCGUCGAGCUCAUGGAGAUCAUGGGCGACACGAGCCUCGGCCGCUACUACCGCGCGCCGCGCAUGCGCGUCCAGAUGGCCGAGAACGUCAAUCUUGCGCUCGACUUCAUCCGCGCGCGCGGCGUGGUGCUGACGAAUGUGGGCGCCGAGGACAUCAUCGAUGGCAACCUCAAGCUCAUCCUCGGCCUCAUCUGGACGCUCAUCCUGCGCUUCACCAUCGCCGACAUCUCCGCCGAGGGCCUCUCGGCGCGCGAGGGCCUGCUGCUGUGGUGCCAGCGCAAGACGGCGCCGUACAGCGACGUCUCCGUGGUGGACUUUACGCACAGCUGGAAGUCGGGGCGCGCGCUCUGCGCGCUGAUCCACCGGCACCGGCCGGACCUGCUCGACUACGACGCGCUGCCGGCGUCGCCACACGAGUGCACGGCGCUGGCGUUCAGCGUGGCGCAGGAGCAUCUCGGCAUUCCGCAGCUGCUCGACGUCGAGGACCUGUGCGACGCCAAGAAGCCCGACGAGCGCAGUGUCAUGACGUACGUCGCCCAGUACUUCCACGCCUUCUCGACGAUGGAGCAGGCCGAGGUGGUCUCGCGGCGCGUGGCGACCUUUGCCGACGUGAUGCAGGGCGCAUGGGUGAUGCAGGUCGACUACGAGCGGCGGGCGCGCGAGCUGCUGGCGGCGAUGCAAGAACAGGAGACGGCCUGGGCAGCGGCAUCCUUCGCUGGCAGCUACGCCGACGCACGCCUGCAGCUCGACGCCUUCCACGCCUACAAGGCCGGCGGCAAGCGCGUGUGGGUGCGCGAGCGGACAGAUCUCGCAGCACUGCUGGGCAACAUCCAGACGAAGCUGCGCACCUACCACCUGCGGCCAUGGGCGCCGGCAGAGGGUCUCGCGCAGGCAGACCUCGAUGCAGCGUGGGCACGGCUCGCAGCGUCUGAGGCGCGGAGGUCACGCAGCAUCAACGCUGAGAUCCGGAGGGCCAAGGAGGCACUGCGAGUUGAGUUUGCGCGGCGGGCCAACGACUUUGAGGCCGAGCUGCGCACGUCCGCCACGACGCUCGCCAGCCUGACAGGCGAGCUGGAGGAGCAAAAGGAGCGCGUGGCGAAGCUGCAGCUCGUGCUCGCGGCGCUCGAGAAGCGCCUCGAGGAGCUGCAGCACCUCGAGCAAGAGUGCGUCGAGGCCAACGUCGAGGAGAACGACCACACCGUCUUUACGCGCGACGACCUCAAGUUCGAGCUCGAGCUCGUGGUGACAAGCGUCGUCAAGAAGCUGGCCUUUAUCGACAACCAGAUCAUCUCGCGGCAACACACGAACCUCACGCCCGCGCAGCUCGAGGAGUUCGAGAGCACGUUCCGCUACUUUGACAAGGACGCGUCGAACACGCUCACCGUGCCCGAGCUCGGCGCUGCGCUGGCGUCGCUCGGCAUCAUCUAUUCCGACGAGGACAUCGAGGCGAUCCAUCUGCAGCUCGAGGAGAACUUUGGCGCCGUCAACUACUCGGCGUUCCUCACCUUUCUGCGCGAGAUCACCGAGGACACGACGUCGCCCGACCAGCUGCUCGAGGCGUUCCAGGGCCUGGCGUCGGACAAGCCCUACACGACGGAGAUCGACCUGCGGCAGGCGCUGCUGCCGCAGGGCGCCAUCGACUACCUCAAGGCCUCGAUGCCGCGCGUCGACGUCGACGGCCUCGAGGCCGAGGCGUACGACUACGAGGCCUACCUCACGCAGCUCUUUGGCGAGGGCGACCUGUCGAUGCUGUCGGCGGCCUCACAAUAG